GCCCAGGGAAGUAGUAUGGCUCCCCCAAGGGCGCAGAGCAGAGGUGCUCUGCACAGCCAGGUGACCCAGACCUCAUGCAUGCCUGCAGAGGGGCAGCUGCCCCGGAAGUGCUGCGGGGGCCCGGGGCGGGCUUGGCGAGGCCAUGGGCCGGGAGGAAGCAGAGGCUGUUACGGGGAAAGAAGAAGUGAGGGGAGCGCUGUGCGGUGUGGGGCGUGGAGAGAAGCAGCAGGACGGCAGCGAGGCAGGGCCAAGAGGCCAGGCAGCAGCUUCCAGGUUCGUGCUCUCGGGGACUCUCCUCCCUCACCAGCGGCGCCCUGUCCUUACCCGCUGCUGGAUGUGCCUUUGCCAAGGGCAGGAGCUACUUUUGGAGAGACCUGGCCACAGGGCAUGGAUGGCUGCAGGACCCUUUUCGUCUGCCUGUGCUUUCUGAUUUCUCAGGGCAGGAUCUCAGAGACAGAGCAAGAACUCCUGAGCUGGAUGCGGAACAUGGAGCAGGCCAAGGGCCGGAAGCUGACUUCUCCUGCUCGGCAGGUGGAGGGCCUGGAGCAGAGGCUGCUGAAUGCCAGCUUCUACGGCGACAACCUGACCCUGGAGACGCGCACCAUCCAGUCUCUGAUCUUCAAGCUGGGCUGCGACUUUGCUGGCCUCGCACUGAGCAGCCACACUCUGGAGCAGGUCUCACAGGCCCGGGUCCCGCACGCCAUGCAGUUCCCCGCAGAGCUGACCCGAGAGGCCUGCGCUGCCCGGCCCCGGGAGCUGCGGCUCAUCUGCGUCUACUUCUUCACGACCUACUUUUUCCAGGAUGAAAGCAACUCAUCCCUGCUCAACAACUAUGUCCUGGGGGCCCAGCUGGACCACAGCCACGUGGACAACCUCACCGAGCCAGUCAACAUCAGCUUCUGGCACAACCAGAGCUUGGAAGGCUACACGUUGACCUGUGUCUUCUGGAAGAAGGGAGCCAGCAAGCACCACUGGGGGGCCUGGAGCCCCGAGGGCUGCCGCACAGAGCAGCCCUCCCCCUCCCAGGUGCUCUGCCACUGCAACCACCUCACCUACUUUGCUGUUCUCAUGCAACUCUCGCCGGCCCCGCUCCCCGAGGAGCUGCAGGCCCCCCUUGAGUACCUGUCCCUCGUGGGCUGCAGCAUCUCCGUGGUGGCCUCGCUGCUCACCAUCGUGCUGCACCUCUAUGCCAGGAAGCUGAGUGACGCCGUCACGCACAUCCACAUGAACCUGCAGGGCUCCGUGCUGCUCCUGAACGUGGCCUUCCUUCUGAGCGCCACGGCGGCCGUGGCCCCGGUGCCUGGGCCCGCGUGCUCGGCCCUGGCGGCCACGCUCCACUUCGCGCUGCUCAGCUGCCAAACCUGGACGGCCAUCGAGGGCUUCAACCUCUACCUUCUCCUCGGGCGCGUCUACAACGUCUACAUCCGCAGAUACGCGCUCAAGCUGGGCGCCCUGGGCUGGGGGGUCCCUGCCCUCCUGGUGCUGCUGCUCCUCACCAUCGAGAGCUCCGUGUACGGGCCCCGUGUGAUUCCCAUCUCCAGGAGCCUGGAAAAUGGCACGAUCAUCGGGAACACGUCCAUGUGCUGGCUGUGCAGCCCCGUGGUGCACCAGGUCCUGGUCAUGGGCUACAGCGGCGUCACCUCCCUGUUCAACCUGGCGGUGCUGGCCUGGGCGCUGUGGGCCCUGCGCAGGCUGUGGGCACAGAACAGGGCGCUGAGCGGCCAGGCCUGCAGGGACGCUGUCACCGUGCUGGGCCUCACCGUGCUGCUGGGCACCACCUGGUCCUUGGCUUUCUUCUCCUUUGGCAUCUUCCUGCUGCCCCAGCUCUUCCUCUUCACCAUCGUCAACUCGCUCUACGGUUUCUUCCUCUUCCUGUGGUUGUUCUUCCAGAGGUGCCACUCGAAGGCGGAGGCCAAGGCAGAGAUGGAGGCCUUCAGCUCCUCCCAGAUGACACAGUGACCCAGCACCGCCUGCAGCCCAAGGCCCUGGCUCCUACCACAGAAGGUGGCAGGCCUGCUGCAGGACACUGAGGCCCUGGUGCCUCCUGGGCCUUGCUACCUCCACCGCCUCCCCAGGCACAGAGGGCGGCGUGGGCUGGGGUCCGCCCAGCUGGCCGGGCCUGUCGGCAGAGCUCGGGCCUGGGAGCCAGGAGGCCACGUUCCCAGGCCUGGCUCUGAGUCUUGCCGAGUGAUCUUGGGCCUAUCAUGGACCCUCGGUUUCCAUACCUGUGACGUGGGGACAAGUGGCUGACCAGGAGCUGUGUGAAGACUGAACACCAGGGGAGAAGAAUGUCAGUGCGGGUGGCAUUCCCUCCUGACCUCCUGCUGUGGCCUCCCCCUGCCUUCUGGAGUGGGUCCCUAUCUUCCUGCUGAGGAGGAUCGGGCUCACCUGACCCGCGGCCCCUGCCAGCACCCAGAGCCCCACCCCAGCCCUCACCAGCCUACGCCCAAGGAAGGCCACUUUUCCUUUCACCCCCCAAAUGAUAACAUCCAACUCAGAGCCCAUCCUUCCCAAAGAUGGGGCGGUCCAGUCCUCUCCAGAGCAUCCUCCUCCCGUGCUUCCAAGACCCCCACAGUCCCUUCAGAUCAGCCACCAAGGCCACAGGCCCUCCCUGGCUUUGGAGCAGGGAAGCUUCUCCCUCCAGUUGGUUGAGCCUGCUGAGUUAGAUGUCAGGGGAAGACUGAGUCUCCCCUGGUGGGCAUGAGGGUGUGGGUUCUAAAUUCCAAGCUCUGGUGGCCCCGUGGCCUAGAAUGACCUCUGCCUUAGACCCGUCUGUCAGGUAGGAGACAACACUCUUGAAGCCGGUGCUUUUCCUGAGAUAGACACCAGGCGGCGCUCUUGGCCUGUGAACCAAGGCAUUGGCGCCAAGGCUGCCCCUGGAAACGCAGCCAUCACCUGUGGACCCCAUGUGCCCGCUGGAGAGAUGGGUCCCUCCAGGACUGCGCCUGUGGAGUGACUGCAGGAGGAGAUCCCAGGGCAGCUGUGCGAGGUUACUUUGGGGGGCUUGUGCCCCAGGCAUCCCUGGCACUAGAGCAGCUGGCCCAGAUGGACUCUUAGGGCUCUGCCCCAGGCCAUCGACAGACUUCAUGACCUUGAGCCAGGGAACUGGAGCAGGGUCCUUGUUCUCCCAGGGGCUCCUCUUCCCCUCUGCACAUCUCUGGAUGCGAACAGCUCCUCGCUAGCUGGCGAGUGGUGCGGGCCCAGGGCCGCUCCUAGCUGAGACUGUGGACAAGUCACUCAGACUGGGCCUUCCUUUCCCCCUCUGUACAAUAGGGACAAUGGCGGGACCUACUCUGGAGAUUCAGCAAAAGAGUCCCUAUAAAGAGGCUCGGUCCUCGGGGAGGCACUGCUGGCUCUAGCUGGGUUGUUGGUAUCACGGUGUCGGCUGAGCCGCAGGCGCAGGUCUCCCAGCCUCUCGCCCCUCCUCAGGCACCUCCACCCUCCCUUCCCCUCGGGGCCUCUGCCCCAGCCUUUCUGGCUUCUGUUCUAGGAAUACUCACUGCUAGUGCUGCCCCUCGGCUGCCACCCUGUCCCCCCACGUCCUCAAUCCCCCAAUCCUCUGGUGGCUCAUUUAUCACAUCUUCUACGACAACCCUGGUUGCCUCUCCUGCUCUGAACCCAGGCAGAGCAGCCCCCCCUCGUCAGGGUGAUGGAAGUCCCCGACAGAGCUCGCCGCACACCCUAGCAGGUCCUCCAGGCCUCUUGGGUCCCCUGCUGACGUGGGUGCUGGGGGAUCAUGGGAAUGUGGGCAGCUCCAGGCAGAGGUGACCUGGGCCGUGGCUGGAUGGACAGCUCUGUGAAUUGGGCCCGUGGAAGGCGGCACCCCCCAGCCCAGAGCCUGGCCUCUCAGAGCCCAGCGAGCCUAGACCUACCUGAGCAUGUGGCCCUGGUAACCCUGGGGGGUUUGGAGGUUGCAGGAAGCGGUCCCAAGCUGGUGGCCUUGAGCCGUGUUGGGGUCUAGGCUCUGGGCAGGGACCGCUUCCUGGAAAUACCCCAGUGGGGUGUGGGGACAGGAGCUGAGGAGACUGCAGUGCCCCCCCGCCCUCCCUCACUCCCAGCCCCACCAGGCGGGAAGAUGGUGGGGGCUGGAGGGAGGCCCUGUUCAGGGCCAGGGGCUCCGAAGAGGCAGCGGGUGAAGGACAGCAGGUGGAGGCCGCACGUUUCUGUGUUGCUUUGUUACUGGUGUCUCAGGAAGACGUGUGGCGGGUGUUGAGAGUGGGGCUGCCGGAUAAGGUACAGGGACGUGAUUCUGGAGACACACUGACUCUAAAAUAGUCACAGUCUAUCUGAAAUUCAAA